AUGACGUCACCUGGACGGCGAAGAACUGGGAGGAGAGCUUCACUUUUCUAUAUAAUAUGUUCUGUGGCUCUUGUUUCCGUGCUUCUCGCCGGGGUGCCCGCAGUCGCUGCGGCUUCCGUUGGCUCUGGCGUCCUCGGAAUCGACCUCGGGACGGAAUACAUAAAGGCUGUUUUGGUCAAGCCUGGAAUACCAUUCGAGAUAGUUUUAACUAAGGAUUCCAAGAGAAAGGAAGCCGCCGUCGUCGCAUUCAAACCAGCCCGUGAAGCCAGCCCUACGUUCCCCGAAAGAUUUUACGGUGGCGAUGCGAGUUCACUUGCCGCUAGAUUUCCGGAUGAUGUCUACGCGAAUUUGAAAUCACUUCUAGGGGUCCCUAUGGCCAGUGGAAUUCAAGGAUCAGGAUCGGAGGGUGAAAACCUGGUCGAGAUCUACAGGCAGCGCUACCCUGCACUCAACAUUGAAGCGCCAUCAAGCGGGCGAGGGACCGUUGGAUUCAAGAGCAACAAAGUUGGAGAAAAGGACGGACAGGAACCGUUCUUAGUCGAAGAAUUGUUGUCGAUGCAGUUGAAACAGGUCAAGGCCAAUGCAGAAGCAUUAGGUGGAAAGGGGACCAACAUCAAAAAUGUUGCCAUUACUUUCCCACCAUUCUAUACCGCUGAGGAAAAACGGAGUGUGGAGUUGGCUGCAGAGUUGGCUGGCCUGAACAUCGUCUCCAUGGUUAGUGACGGCAUGGCCGUCGGUAUCAACUAUGCGACAUCCCGAACUUUCCCCAACGUCUCCGACGGGAAGAAGCCUGAGUACCAUGUUGUUUUCGAUGUGGGUGCCGGUUCCACUAGCGCAAGCGUUCUUAAGUUCCAGGGCCGUACUGUGAAGGAUGUUGGAAAAUUCAACAAAACCAUCCAGGAAGUGCAUGUUGUAGGAACGGCCUGGGAUAAGACCCUGGGCGGCGAUCUACUUAACCACUUGAUCGUGAAUGAUAUGGUUGAGAAAUUCAUGGGAACAAAGAAAUUAGGGGGAGAUGUGGCAGUCUCGCAAGUCAAGGCCCAUGGAAAGACCAUGGCGAAAUUGUGGAAAGACGCCGAGCGUGUUCGCCAAGUUUUGAGUGCGAACACCGAGACAACUGUCUCCUUCGAGAAUCUGUACCAGGAGGAUGUCAACUUCAAAUAUGCCCUAUCAAGGUCGGAGUUCGAAAAGCUAGCCGAGAAGUACGCGCAGCACAUCAAUGUUCCAUUGACCGAGGCACUUGCUGCCGCAGGGCUUAAGAUUGAUGAUAUUGAAUCUGUGAUUCUUCAUGGUGGCGCAACCCGGACUCCAUUUGUCAAGCAAACGCUCGAGAGGUCUACCAAUGGGAAGGUUAGGACAAAUGUCAACGCAGAUGAAGCUGCUGUGUUCGGUGCCGCUUUCAAGGCAGCCUCCCUUAGCCCAUCCUUCCGAGUCAAGGAGAUCCGAAUGAACGAUACUCCAGGCUACGCUGUCAAUAUGAGAUGGAAAUCCGGAGAGAAAGAGAAACAACAGAAGCUCUUCACUCCUUACUCUGAAAUCGGCGCAGUGAAGCAUUUGACUGUGAAAAAUCUAGAGGAUUUUACUCUCAAAUUUUCUCAACUUUUUACGCGCAACGGCGAUUCAGUUGAAGCCCCUAUCCUCGAGGCUCAAACGGCAAACUUGACCGCGUCCUCUGCAAAACUCAAAGAUGACUUCGGUUGCGCUCCUGUUAACAUCACUACCAAGAUCUCAGUGAGACUGAAUCCUUCGAACGGAAUUCCAGAAGUAGUGGGUGGAUCUGUCAGUUGUGAGGUGCAAAAUGAAAAGAAGGGAGUCGUUGAGGAUGUGAAGGAAUUCUUUGGCCUUGGGUCGAAGAAAUCCGGUCAAGAACCUCUAGAGGAGACUGGAGAAGCUAUUGAUUUAGACGCCUCUUCUUCCUCGACAUCCACUACGUCAUCGGCCAGUUCGGCUUCUUCUGCGACUGGAACGACCUCCUCCAGCUCUUCGAAGGAAACUGAAAAGGCCACCAAAGAAGUCAAAACUAGAGUCGAAUCCAUUUCUCUUGCCUUUACUUCCACUGUAUUGGGGGUUCCACCUCUAACCGCUGAAGAGAUGAAGCGUAUUAAAGACCGCCUUGCAGCAUUUGAUGCAUCCGAUCUUUCUCGUGUUCACCGUGAAGAAACCUUCAAUGAGCUCGAAUCAUUUAUUUACAAGGCCCGCGAUUGGCUCGACGACGAGGCAUUUACCAAAGCUUCCACCAAGGACUUCCUCAAACAGCUGGAAGAAAAGGUUACUGCCUCGGGUGACUGGCUUCAUGAGGACGGCUCCGAUGCUGGGAUCAAGGAAUUAAAGGACAAACUGCGCGACUUGAAGGACUUCGUUGGCCCAGUUAUUCAACGAAAGACUGAGAGUGCCACCCGGCCUAGGAAAGUUGAGGCACUGAAGGGGAGCCUUGAUAGUGCAAAAAUGCUAAUAGAAAUUAUGGAAUCCCAAAUUAAGGCUGAGGAGAGCCUGUUCUCUUCGUCUUUGUCUGCUUUCGAGGCCGCCGCUACCGAGUCAUUAUCUAGCUCAACCGAUACCGAUUCAUCCGCUACAUCCACAACUUCGACCCCGGCGGCCUCCCCAUCCGAGGAUCCUGAUAACUUGGAUGAGGACAACUUCUCCUCUGAGCCAUCAUCUUCAACUUCGACCGCACCUGCUGUCAAACCUACUCUUUCCUACUCGCUUUACACUCCAGAAGACCUUUCUGCAGCCUCCAAACUCCUCGAAUCAACCACCACCUGGCUUGAUGCCAAGAUUGAAGAACAGAACAAGCUCAGCGAACACGAAGACCCAGUUCUAUCAACCGCAGAAAUCGACGUCAAGCUCAAGGAAAUCGAAAAGGUGUUAUCCGCAAUCCUAACGAAACAAAGGCGACCAAACAGCGGGCCCAAGUCAGGGGGAAAAAAGAAGAGCAACGGAAAAGAUAAAGCAAAAAGCCAAAAGUCGAAGUCGAAGUCAAAGACAAAGUCGAAGGGCAAGCCAAAGACCACUGGAACCAUCGUGUCGCAGAAAAUAAGGGAGACCCCAACGAGCAAGACAGCCAGCACCAAAGAUGAAUUGUAA